UCCCCUCUCCUCGGCAGUAGCUCUAUGGUUUCUGGGCGGCAACGUGCAGUGUCCUUACCUUGAGCCUGUGCAGUUGCCCGCAGCCCGGAAUCCGUAGUCACUGUGACGAGGCGGGAGGACUUGGGCGACAGGUAACCUCCCAGUCCCACACGCUGCCAAGCAACCUCGACCUGUGAAGUUGGGGGCGGUACCCAGCAACUCUCCCUGUGCCGCCGCCGUUUCCAAGGGGUCGGGAACCGCUGUGUUUGUUUCGUCCGCGUAGCCAGGGCGGGUCGCGGAGCGCUGUGCCUGACCCGACGGUGGCAAGUCCGACGCGUCAGCCAGAGACCGGUGCCAGGUGUAGGAGUCGCAGUCUGGGCUGUGAGCGGCUGCUGGGUAGACAGACUUGCUUUCUCUUACAGCAUGUCAUUUCCAAAAUGCAUCGUGGUGCUUCUGCCUUAAGUCCUGUAGGAAGACACUGCCGCAGCUAGACCGGUGCUUAUGGUCGCCACUGUUAUUCUGACUCAGGUCCCGUGUCAUUGAGCAUAUGUAUAAAAAUGCCUUAGGAAAGAACCAUGGAGAAGUAUGUUAGACUACAGAAGAUUGGAGAAGGUUCAUUUGGAAAAGCUGUUCUUGUUAAAUCUACAGAGGAUGACAGACAUUAUGUUAUCAAGGAAAUUAACAUCUCAAGAAUGUCCGAUAAAGAAAGGCAAGAAUCAAGGCGAGAAGUUGCUGUGUUGGCAAACAUGAAGCAUCCAAAUAUUGUCCAAUAUAAAGAAUCAUUUGAAGAAAAUGGCUCUCUCUACAUAGUAAUGGAUUACUGUGAAGGGGGUGAUUUGUUUAAGCGCAUAAACGCUCAGAAAGGCACUCUGUUUCAAGAAGACCAGAUUUUGGACUGGUUUGUGCAGAUAUGUUUGGCUCUGAAGCACGUACAUGAUAGGAAAAUUCUUCACCGAGACAUAAAGUCACAGAACAUAUUUCUAACCAAAGAUGGGACAGUGCAGCUUGGAGAUUUUGGAAUUGCUAGAGUUCUUAAUAGUACUGUAGAGCUUGCUCGAACUUGCAUAGGGACUCCAUACUACUUGUCACCUGAAAUCUGUGAAAACAAGCCUUAUAACAAUAAAAGUGACAUUUGGGCUUUGGGCUGUGUCCUUUAUGAGUUGUGUACACUUAAACAUGCAUUUGAAGCUGGAAACAUGAAAAACCUGGUACUGAAGAUAAUCUCUGGGUCCUUUCCUCCUGUGUCUCUACAUUACUCCUAUGAUCUCCGCAGCUUGCUCUCUCAGUUAUUUAAAAGAAAUCCUAGGGAUAGACCAUCAGUCAACUCCAUAUUGGAGAAAGGUUUUCUAGCUAAACGGAUUGAAAAGUUUCUCUCACCUCAGCUUAUUGCAGAAGAAUUUUGUCUAAAAACAUUUUCAAAGUUUGGACCACAGCCUCUCCCAGGUAAAAGACCAGCAUCAGGACAAGGUGUCAGUUCUUUUGUCCCUGCUCAGAAAAUCACAAAGCCCGCUGCUAAAUACGGAGUGCCUUUAACAUAUAAGAAGUAUGGAGAUAAAAAGUUACUUGAGAAAAAACCUCCCCCAAAACAUAAACAGACCCAUCAAAUUCCCGUGAAGAAAAUAAAUUCUGGAGAAGAAAGGAAGAAAAUGUCUGAGGAAGCAGCCAAAAAAAGAAGGUUGGAAUUUAUUGAGAAAGAAAAGAAGCAAAAGGAUCAGAUUAGGUUCCUGAAGGCUGAGCAGGUGAAGAGGCAAGAGAAGCAGCGGUUGGAGAGGAUAAAUAGGGCCAGGGAACAAGGAUGGAGGAAUGUUUUAAGGGCUGGUGGAAGCGGUGAAGUAAAGGCUUCCUUCUUUGGCAUUGGAGGGGCUGUCUCUCCUUCACCUUGUUCUCCUAGAGGCCAGUAUGAGCAUUACCAUGCCAUUUUUGACCAAAUGCAGAGGCUAAGAGCAGAAGAUAACGAAGCAAGAUGGAAGGGUGGAAUAUAUGGUCGAUGGCUCCCAGAAAGAGGAGUUCCACCUGGAGUUCGUCCAGGAUUUCCCACUGAGGCUUCAGGUCACUACCAUUCCCCUGAUGCUGGUGCUAUUAGGAAAACUCAGAAAAGACUGAAGGCCGUGUCUAAGCAAGCCAGUGCAAACAGGCAAAAAGGACACCUAUCUGUAGAGAGAGCCAACCAAGUGGAAGAAUUCCUACAGCGUAAACGAGAAGCUAUGCAGAAUAAAGCUCGGGCCGAAGGACACGUGGGACUCCUGCAAAACCUGGCAUCUCUGUAUGGAGGCAGGCCCAGCUCUUCAAGAGGAGGGAAGCCAAGGAACAAUGAGGAAGAGGUUUAUUUGGCAAGACUGAGGCAAAUAAGACUACAAAAUUUUAAUGAGCGCCAACAGAUUAAAGCCAAACUUCGUGGUGAAAAUAAAGAAGCUGAUGGUACCAAAGGACAAGAAGCAACUGAAGAGGCUGACACGAGGCUCAAAAAGAUGGAGUCACUUAAGGCCCAAACAAAUGCACGUGCUGCUGUACUAAAAGAACAGCUGGAGCGAAAAAGAAAGGAGGCGUAUGAAAGAGAAAAGAAAGUAUGGGAAGAGCAUUUGGUGGCGAGGGUAAAAAGCUCAGAUGUCCCUCCACCUUUGGAGCUUCCUGAAACAGGUGGUUCUCCGUCAAAGCAGCAGAUGAAACCUGUUAUUUCUGUGACUUCAGCUUUGAAAGAAGUGGGCCUGGAUGGAAGUUUAACUGAUACUCAAGAAACUUCAGAAGAAAUGGAAAAGAGUAACACUGCUAUUUCAAGUAAGCGAGAAAUACUGCGUAGGCUAAAUGAAAAUCUUAAAGCUCAAGAGGAUGACAAGGACAAGCAGCAGCACACUGAUUCUUGUGAGACCGUUGGUCACAAAGAUGAGAGAGAGUAUGAGAAAGAAAAUGCCGUUUCCUCUGAUCGCAAGAAGUGGGAAAUGGGAGGUCGGCUUGUGAUUCCUCUGGGUAAAGUGACACUGGAUGCAUCCUUCUCUGCAACUGCAAAACAUACUGUGGGAGAGGUUAUUAAGUUAGAUUCUAAUAGCUCUCCAAGAAAAGUCUGGGGGAAAAGCCCUACAGAUUCUGUGCUGAAGAUACUUGGGGAGGCUGAAUUACAGCUACAGACAGAGCUGCUAGAAAACACAUCUUUUAAAAGUGAGGUUUAUGCUGAAAAGGAGAACUACAAACCCUUACUUACUGGAGAAGAGAACCUGCAGUGCAUUUCAAAAGAAAUAAACCCAUCAGCUACUGUUGAUUCUACUGAAACAAAAAGUCCAAAGUUUACUGAGGUGUCUCCAUCAAUGUUAGAAGGAAAUGUGGAAGAACCUGAUGAUUUGGAAACAGAAGUUCUACAGGAGCCCAGUAGCACACACACAGAUGGGAGUUUGCCGCCUGUUGUUAAAGAUGUAUGGACUAGAGAGAAGGAAGCAGCUAAGGAGACUGAGUUGGAAGAUAAGGUUGCUGUGCAGCAGAGUGAAGUUUGUGAAGAUAGAAUUCCAGGGAAUGUGGACCACUCCUGUAAGGAUCAUAGAGAUCCUGCAGUAGACAAUUCUCCACAGUCUGGGUGUGAUGUAGAGAAGUCAGAACAGCCAGAAUCGUUUUUCCAGAAAGUGGUUCAUUCCACAGGCUUGAACUUAGUUCAGUCAGUUCAUUGUUCACCAGAAGAACCAAUUCCAAUUCGAUCUCACUCUGAUUCUCCACCGAAAACUAAAAGCAAGAAUUCCUUACUGAUUGGACUUUCUACUGGUCUGUUUGAUGCAAACAAUCCAAAGAUGCUGAGGACCUGUUCACUGCCAGAUCUUUCCAAGCUGUUCAGAACCCUAAUGGAUGUUCCCACUGUGGGAGACGUUCAUCAAGACAGUCUUGAAAUGGAUGAGCUUGAAGAUGAGCGAAUUAAAGAAGGGCCUUCUGAUUCUGAAGACACUGUAUUUGAAGAAACUGACACAGAUUUACAAGAGCUUCAGGCCUCAAUGGAGCAGCUACUGAGGGAGCAACCAGGUGAUGAAUACAGUGAGGAGGAAGAGUCUGCCUUAAAAAGCAGCGAUGUGGAACAGACAGCAAGAGGCACAGAUGCCCCAGACGAGGAGGACAACCCCAGCAGCGAAAGCGCCCUGAACGAGGAAUGGCACUCAGAUAAUAGUGACGCUGAGACUACUAGUGAAUGUGAAUAUGACAGUGUCUUUAACCAUUUAGAGGAACUAAGACUUCACUUGGAGCAAGAAAUGGGCUUUGAAAAGUUCUUUGAGGUUUAUGAGAAAGUAAAGGCUAUUCAUGAGGAUGAAGAUGAAAAUAUUGAAAUUUGUUCAACAAUAGUUGAGAAUAUCUUGGGCAGUGAGCAUCAGCAUCUCUAUGCCAAGAUCCUGCAUUUAGUCAUGGCAGAUGGAGCCUAUCAGGAAGAUAAUGAUGAAUGAUCCUCAGGACAGUCUUUAAUAGUCAACUAUAAGAACACAUUUGAACCUGGCUCAUAGUACAAGCUUCCUGGGAAAUAGAGAUUAUUUAUGAGAAAUACCAGAUUUAAGAUGGGCAUGCUUAUUGCAUGAAAAAAAAUGAGAAGUGUGAUAUUUUUCCUCACAUUUUAUCUACCUUGUUUAUUGGAUUCUACAGCUGACUCUCGUAGAAUGUAUGUUUCUUUAAAUCGCCUCACCAAAGCAUUGACUCAACUGAGAACUCAUUGUGCAAUCAGGAACUACUUUUAGCAACUGCCUUUCUGUGGAAGAGUUGCCUAUAUCAAAAAGGCCUGCUUUUGGUGUUUCAUUUAAAUUUCAGCAUGACUUUGUUUUUUCUGUCUAACAUUUUUUUUAUCCUGGCUAGCAGUUCACAUUAAAUAAUUCUUGUCAAGGGCUCUAUUCAAAUAUCUACAUUUAGAAGAUGAAAUUUUAGCCUUGAAGUUUGUAUUCUCGAGUUAUUUUCAACCACUGGAUCUCUCCCUGAGCUAGCCUGAUGAAAACAAGCUGUAGAAGCAAUCCUAAAAAUCAUUGAAAGAUUUAAUUUUGAAGGAAUAGUAAGGUUAUAUUUCCUAACACUUAAAAGUUCCCUGAUUCUUCUAUUUCUCUUUAUAGACCAGAAAUGCUGUAUCUAAAAAUCAGACUAUAAAUUUAAACCUAGCAUAUAGCAUAAAAUUGCCCUUUUGGUUUUUAACUCCUCAAAUACAUGUGCCUCAGUGGUCACCUGUGUUAAAAAGGGGAGAGGGCCCUUUUUCUUUUGGCACCGUGACAAUUUAGUAACUACUAUGGGGAAGUGUUUGCCUCUUAUUUUCAGUGUGAGGAUUUAACCAGGUCACUACAAUGAUGGUCACAUAGUUGCAGUUAUGUGAACUUAUAUAUAGAAACAGUUAUAGUUUCAGAAUUUGCCAAGUAUACACUGUGUCAUUAUCUACAGUCCAGAUAUUCCUAAUAAAAUAAAAGCAGAAAUGUGUUUUUUGGUACCAAUCAGCCUGAUUGGUGCUACCUGUCAUCUGAAACAUGGAAUCUUACCUUGUAGCACUAUUAGUACUGUAUUGACUUUAUUAUGUAUAUUAUUUCUAACAUCCAAAAGUAAAUAGCUGAUUUUUAUAUUUUUAUUUUGUACUAUUAAAUUUUUAUUAUGUA